UAUUAAUGCAAUCCCAUGCAGAUGUGCUCUUCUCCUUUCCACUUGUCAGCAAAACCACAUCUUAACUCCCUUCUCUUUUCACUCUCCCACUUCCAAGUGUGACAGACUUCCAUAACACACCUUCUCUUUCUUUACAAAACCUCCUCAUAAGUUUUCCUCUUUUUGUUCCUCUCUCUCAAAUGGCAAAGUGUGGAGAGUCUUCAUCACCACCAAAGGAUGUUUCUGAAUCACUGCAGUCAUUCGCAGAAGGGCUAGGGUUUGAGAGCAAUAUGGAUGAGGUUCAAGAGGACUUGGUUAAGGACUCCCACUCAUCAUGUGAUGAUGAAAGGAGUGAGUGCAAGGAUGGUGAUGAAAACAAGUGUUUGAUAGAUAGGUAUUCAAGAAGUGGCAAGAAUGGUUUUCCACCACCAAUAUCAACCAUAGGGAAGAGUGGGAAGCCACUGGUGCAGUUGGAGUCUUACAGGAAUGAUGGAAGGAUUGUUCUUAAGGAAUUCAAGAUGCCAAUGCAUGAGUUUUUGCAUGCUUACAGAGAAGAUGGAAGGCUUAAACUUCAGUUUGUGAAUCAAGAAGAAGAUGAUGAAGAUGCAAAAGGAUGAGAUUUGAAUAAAGGAAUGUUGGAAGGAUUGUUCUUAAGCAAUUGAAGAUGCCAAUGCAUGAGUUUUUGCAUGCUUACAGAGAAGAUGGAAGGCUUAAACUUCAGUUUGUGAAUCAAGAAGAAGAUGAUGAAGAUGCAAAAGGAUGAGAUUUGAAUAACUGUCUUGGUAACUGAUUUGUCUAUAUUUAUAUUUAUUUUUGUCAUGUGUUUGUUUGUAGUAGUAAUGGUA